AAGCAGCCUGUGGUAAAAGAGGCACCGUGCAUCGACCGCUGAAGCUCGAGAGCUGCUUUCACGCACAGCAUAGCUCGCGCAACCGUUCUACGUAAGCUUGCGCACGCGCAACAGACACAGCGGACACACACUGCUGACUCCCUGCAGCAGAAGGAUUCAUUACGCGCUAAUACAGCGGUGCGAUGGUCGCGCGCACCUGGCUCGUGCCCUACACGGACGCGGAACGAGGCCGCCAGCAACUGCUCGCGACGAUUUAUCUAACUCAUAACAACGUGACCGGCCAGCUCCAGUUAGACGUGCGGGCGGACUCGAAAGUUGUGGUAGAUGGGGGCCGCGCGCGCGUCGUCGUCGGCAAGGGCCACACGAUCCCGUUCUCGGUCGGGAGUAACGUCGGGCGGUGUUCCGUCCAUCCGAAGACGACAGGGUUUGAUUAUUCGUGCACGUUCGGCGGCGAGCAGGUCGCCGAGGUCCAGCGACGGCCCGUCGCGUGGCUGGAGGCCUUCCAGCCCACGGCUGUUUCCGUCAGUGUGCAGGAUCGCGUCGAGUUCCGAGCGGGAAAAAAUUAUUAUCAACUGGCGGUCCAAGCGGACGGCGGCGAGCCGAAAUUGUACCGGAAGCGCUAUUCCGAAUUUGCGGAAGUUCAUGACAAGAUGAAGCAGGCGUACGUCGGGUCGCAUCUGCGGGCGUCGCUACCCGCGCCUCCGGCAAAAAUCUUAAAUCCGUUCUUCGACCAGCUCGAGCCGACCUUCGUCCAAAAUAGACAAGUAGAGCUCAACGACUACGUCAAGAAGAUCAUCACGGUGCCGCGGGCGCUCGCGCAGCCGGCUUUGCUGGAUUUUCUGGGCCUCGCGCUGCGGGCCCCUUCUGGGGAGCCCGUCGAUUUGCUCGCGCCGCCGCCGGUGGACCUGCUCAAUGCGCCGCUCGACGCGCCUCCCAUGCCGCCGCCGCAGCCGGUCUUCGAGGAGGCCGUCGUGUAACAGUGGGUCUUUCUGUAGUUGUUUCCUUCUUACCCG